AUGCGCCCAAUUACUCAUACUUUAGCCCAUAAUGAACAUAGUAAUAGUAAAUUGGCAUCAGGAAAUAUUGGUCUUGGAUUUGGUCUUACAGCAAUGUCUGCUGCUGCUUCAGCGUUAGGAUCUCUCACUCCAUUUCUUGACUUAUUAUUUCCAUAUAUACCAUGCCUUAGUGGUGUUAAAAUUACAGAAUCUAAAGGUUUUCUGGCUGGUUCAUUUUCCUUUUCUGCUGGAAUUUUAUUAUUUCUCACCUUAGGAGAUCUUUUUCCUGAAUCAAUAAGUAGUUUUAAAGAAUCUAGAAAAUUUGACCGAAAAUUUUCAUCAAUACUUGCCUCUUCUAUAUUUAUUAUAACAGUAUUAAUUAUUAUGUUAAGUAAAAAAGCAAUUAAAGUUUAUCGUGAAGACGAAAAAACUGAAGUUUUUAAUAAUAUCGAUGAUUCCAAAAAUAAUGUUUUAAAAGAAGAAGUCAAGAUAGGUGAAAAAGAUUUAAAUAAUGAAGAUAAUGAUAUUGUCUCACCCCAUACUGCUCGCAAACUAAAGCAUUUGGGUGUUUCAAUAGCUAUCGCAUUAGCAAUUCAUAAAAUUCCUGAAGGAUUAAUAAUAUCCUUACCAAUAUAUUAUGCAACUCAAUCACGGCUUAUUGCCUUCUCAAUAGCUGCAUCCGUUGGCGUAGUCUCACAAAUGUUGGGUGCUAUCCUUGGUUAUGUACUCUUUGUUACCGUUUGGAAUUCUGCAGUAUCAGGAUUCCUUUUUGCUAUCGUUACGGGAUUUUUACUUUAUAUAAUUUUACAUGGCAUGUUACCCUUAGCACGAAGUUAUGAUCCAAAGGAUAAAUAUUGUACAUAUUACUUAUUUGCUGGAUUAUUCUUUUUCUGUUUUGUUGAAUCAAUUUUCGAUCUUGCUUAA